AUGAGCUCUCAUGUCGUCGUGAUCGAUUCCACAGCUCGUCGGGCCGUGGUAAAAACGAAUCCUUCAAAGCCGCUGGCAGACGUUCUACAGGAAGCUUGCACCAAGCUCGGCCUCGCUGCUGGCCAGUACGGACUAAAACAUCAGAGCAAGCAACUCGAUUUAUCGUUACUGUUCCGCCUUUCUGGUCUAAGCUCUGGCGCCAAACUUGAACUCGUACAGCUAUCCAAAUCGCCGUCAGUGGUCACUGUGGCUCUGCAACUCCCCGAUUCCGAAAUAAACGGUGCGCCCAGCGGAGGAAGAGUCCUUGAUAAAUUUCCCAGCACGACAACUCUAUGGCUUGUUCUUAGGAAAUUCGAGGCUGGCGUGGCAGGAAAUGGCCAAACUAAGAACUUCACCGCCAGGGGGGCACCCGCUACGAGUGGUGGAACAAACGGAGCUGGGAGAUUGUAUUAUCAAACACCGGUUUUACAGAGCAUGGGCCGCGAACUAUCAACAUUCGCAGACUUGCAAAAGUCAUUAGCCCAGCUGGGAUACAACAGUGGAAAUGUGCUCUUCCGGUUGUCGUUUCGAACAACGGAGGAGCCGCUGGAGGGAGCAAUGCUGAAAAUCACACAAUAUUUCAAAGAAAACGAAGAAGAGGCAGGCCCUAGCACUGCAGUUAGUACAAGUGUUUCGGAACCAUCACCAACUGCAAUUGCAGAAGAAAACGACGAAGAUGUUGAUGCAACUCCCGAAGUUGUGUCUUCAGCGCCUCCCGAACCGCCCACGGAAGCGUUGCCAUCAGAGGAACAAGCUACCGAACUGUCGGCCUCUGGUCGACCCAUCACUGUUUAUCGACCCCCCACAGGUAAUACACCACAGUCCGCUCUAGAAUCCUACCGCGAGGAAGACUACAUACCCAGCAUCGAACACGCCAAGUCACACCAAGAACGGCUCAACCAGCUAUCUCAAAACAAACGUCUUCCCAGCGACAAAGAAAUUGCCGAAAGAGCAGCAGCAGUCGAAGAAAACCUGGCCGGGAUAAAAGAAAUAGAAGUCAAAAUUCGCUUUCCAGAGCAAAGCCAGGUGCUUGCCAAAUUUAAUCAAUCCGACACCGGGGCUACUUUAUAUUCCUUCGUCCGGGAUUGCUUGGAAACGUCAUUUACUGCGGUUAAGUUUUCUCUGGUGACAUUCGGACCUGGACAACGUCGGGGCACCGUCGAUCAACACCAGGUCAUUCCAGACUCUGACCGGCAACGUUUGAUUAAAGAUGUCGGCCUCAAGAGCCGAGUAUUGGUCAAUUUCACAUGGGAUGACCGGUCAUCUGCAGCAGCACGGAACAGCGGGGCAAAUCUGCUAAAGCCUCAACUUCGCAGCCAAGCCCAGGAUAUAAAAGUCCCAGCCGUGCCUGUGGUAGAAGAGGACGACAGCAAAAAGUCAGCCCUGGGAAAACUAGGGGCAGCUUUGAAAAGGGAGGACGGCGGCCAACCUAGUACUGGCCGCAAAGGUGGUGUGCCCAAAUGGCUUAAACUGCCAGGCAAGAAAUAA